AGCUGAAAGAUGCCAAGUCAGCUAAAACCCUGAUAGUUCCGCCAUCGCCAAUUUUUCUAGGGUUUUCGUUUUUGACCCAGAAAUUUCUUCUCUCUCUCGAACCCUCUCUCUUGUUGAUCUCGCUCGACUCCAAUGGCGGAUUCUUCCAGGUCGAGCAACGAUGAGCGAAAGGGCCGGCUUUACAACCCAUACCAUGAUCUCCAUGUCCCGAUGCAAAAUCUCUACAAUCUUCCAACCGCCCCCGAACACCUCUUCAUCGAAGAAGCCUCGAAGCCUCAUCGAUCAUGGGGUGAGAACCUUCAAUACUACACCGGUUGUGGUUACUUGUCCGGUGCGAUCGUCGGCGGCACCAAGGGAUCCAUAGAAGGUCUCAAGGCAGCUGAGGCCGGCGAUACGCUCAAGCUCCGUAUCAACCGCGUUCUUAAUUCGGGCGGCUCAGUUGGACGGAGGUACGGAAACACUGUCGGCAUCCUUGGCUUGAUCUUCGCCGGUUUGGAAAGUGGGGUUAUUCAAUUGAGAGGUCAAGAUGAUUUGUUGAAUACGGUUGUGGCUGGACUUGGGACUGGUGCGCUUUAUAAGGCGGCGGCGGGACCUAGGUCGGCGGCCAUUGCUGGCGCCAUCGGAGGGAUUGCGGCGGCGGCUGCAGUUGCGGGGAAGCAGGCUGUGAAGAGAUACGUUCCGAUAUAGGGCAGGUUUAUAGAGUUAGAAAUUAGAAUGUGUUUGGAUGGUGGGAAAUGUUUUGGAGGAAAAUGGGUUUCUAGGUUGUUUUAGUUUUUAUGCUUUUACAGGUUAAUCCAUUGCAUUGGGUAUAACUUUGAUAGUUUAGUGUCAAUGGUUUGUGCUCAAAUUUGUCGAUUUUUCUUUCUGUGUGAGGCUGAUAAUACUGGCAGGGAAAUUUGGUUGUCUAUUCAAAUGACUAAGAAAUCUGGUCCUGAGGUAUUUAGUCUGUAAGAAAACAGCCCUUCAAAUUCAAUGAUACAUUUUUUUCCUUCACUAAA